AUGCAGGUAUACGAAAAUGAUUGUGAAGCAAUCGAUAAACAGAGUUCAAGCGAGAAAAAAAUUUCACCAAAAGCUGUAAGACAAGAUAAUUCGCCUAAAACACCAUUGAAAGAAAUUUUUACUCUACCUGUCGAAUAUUUGCCUAAAAAGAAAAGGAGCCAAGUUGAAAAAUCUGGUAAAUCAAAAUUACCUUCGGUUGGGACUUCGAAAGAAUGGUAUACUUAA